CCCAUCUACUUCUUCCUUGCCAGCUCCAUUCGCUAUGGCAGCAUCUCAGUCGUCGAUACUCGCCUUAAUACGGCACCCUUUUGUGCAGACCUUCACCUGGCUCUACCUCAUCUUGCAAGCGGUGCUGAGAUAUGUCUUUUCACCAGCUCCUCCACCUCCCACGGCAACUAAAUCCAACCUUCCCCGAAAGAGGGUUGCGGUCAUCGGUGCAGGCUUGACGGGUGUCUCAUCUGCAGCGCAUUGCGUGGGCCAUGGAUUUGACGUGCAGAUCUUUGAGUCUAGAUCCAAGGAUCGAGGCCUUGGAGGAAUCUGGAGUCGAGUCAAUUCCACCUCAGCCCUUCAGGUACACAGCUUGAUGUACCGAUUCCACCCCUCGGUUCACUACGACAGUGCCUAUCCCACUCAGCAGCAAAUCAAGGAGCAGAUUGUUGAAUUGUGGAAACGCUACGACCUCGAACGACGCACGGUCUUUGACACUCGAGUCACCUCGGUCAAAAAGACGAAGGAUGGUCAAUGGAUCAUCAACAACGACGAGGAGAACUAUGGUCGAUUUGAUGGAGUGCUUACUGCUGUCGGCGUCUGUGGCGAUCCCCAGAUGCCUACAUUGCCGGACCAGGACAAUUUCAAGGGGCAGAUCUUCCACUCGUCAAACUUGGAUGGCAAAGAUGCCAAGGGCAAGAAGAUCUUGAUUGUUGGCGGUGGUGCUAGUGCCAUUGAAGCUCUAGAAUUCGCAGUCAAGUCUGGUGCCGCGGAGAUUGACGUCCUUUCACGCUCAGACAAAUGGAUCAUCCCCCGAAACGUGUUGGUUCAAUCCUUGCUAGCCUUCAAUAUCUUCGGCCAGGAAACUUCGCUCUCCUGGAUUCCCGAGGGGCUGCUCCGCAAGUUCUUCUACCGUGAUCUGCAAGAUAUUGCUCCUACCGACGAUGGAAUCUUCACCCAGACCCCCAUGGCGAACUCGGAACUAUUCAAUCAGAUCCGCGAAGGCAAAGCACACUGGUUCCGGGGCGAUAUUGUUUCCGUGGAGGAGAACGGCGUGCGAUUCAAUCACAGAGCCCAAGGUGUGCCUAAAGGUGGUCCUGGCAAGGAGGGUCUCAUCGAAGGCGACAUCAUCGUUAUGGCGACUGGGUUUAAGCGACCCUCUCUGACUUUCCUCCCCGAUGAAGUCUUUGAAGAGCCAUACAGCCCCCCGGACUGGUAUCUGCAGGUCUUCCCGCCCAAGUACCCCGACAUUUGCGCCAACAACAGCACCUACGUCAACGCUAUCGGCACGGUGGGCAACAUGCACAUCGGCAUCUACACGCGCUUCCUCAUCAUGUUUUUAACCGACCCCUUGACUCGUCCCACGGAGCAGCGGAUGAAGACAUGGAUUGACUUUACACGACUGAUGAAGCGGUUCGCUCCCACGCGGGCUUUUGACUUUUUCACCUAUGCUGAACUUAUCUAUUGGUACAUUUUUGUCCUGCUCGUCAAUCCGUUCCGAUGGAAGUGGGCUCUCUUCGUGUUCUUUGGUCUUGGGCGAGCAUUGCCUUUGAUGGUGGUGGAACAGGAGGAAAAUUUCCGCAGAGAGCUUCAAAAACAGCACAAGACUGACAAGGCUGAAUAA